AUGGAAAGCGAAUGGAGAAAAGACGUGUUGAAGGAGCUAAGAAAGAUAGGAGAGAGCGUAGAAGAAAUAAGAAAAGAACUGAUGCGAGAAGCGGCAGGAAGACAACAGGGAAGGAAAAGCACAGAGAAAAUAGACAAAAGGGACAACAGCAAAGGAACAGAGGAAGACAACUCAAAAGAGGGGAAAAGAGAGAGGAAAGACAAGAAUGAAGAUAAGGAUUUCACACUGAGAGGAGAAUAUAGUGAGAAGUGUGUAGAGGAAGUGAAAAAGGAGGAAGGAGAGGAGUCGCUGCAGCAAAAAGAAAAAACGAGUCGCAGGCAAAGGAGAAAGAAAAAGAAAGGACGGAGAGUGGAACGGAAAAAAGAAGAAGAGAAUGUGCGGAGGAGGGCGACGAGGUAA